AUGCCCAAAGAACUUCGUGAAAGUAGCAAACCACCCACACCGCGCGAUAAAAUCAGGGUGGUUUUAUUGGGUAGCGGGAAGUACUCAGGCGUGUUCAAAUGGAACGAAUGGCCUCCGUAUCCUACUGGCCCUGAUGCCAGUCCUUUCCCCAUGGCGGUUAUCUGCACUACCGCCUGGCAAGUAAGUUCCCUUGAAGUGCUCCUCCCUUACUUCCAAAUGAUCUGCAACACGGAUCUCUCCCAACGCCAACUGAUCGAGGCGAUCGAAGCACUCGCAUCUCCACGCAAUCCAGCGGCGGCCAAAGCUUUGAACACUAACAGGCAAUUUGAUCACUUUUAUCCCUGCCUCGCUCCCAACGACGACCGAGAGGCUAUCUACACGACAUGGGCGGACACACGUCCCCAAUACCAAGGCCAGGAAAACCCCCGGUUGCCGAAGAAGCUGCCGACCUUGCUCUCGGCGAUCGAGUUCAUGAUACUGCGGGGCAAAGAUCAAAUGGAAGUGGAGUCUAUGGAAAGCUCGCGGCGCGAGUUCAAUAAAUUCCUACAGGCUAUCGCAGAUAGUAGGAAGACCGCUGCAAGCCGAGCCGAGGAGAGUCCGAACGGAAGUCACAAUGUAGGACACGACGCGCCGAAUCCAAACUCUCUGCACAGCCAUGCGCCUCAUCAAGACAAGGGCAAGAGCGGACAUCAGCACUCUCACGCAGCCCCCAUGCCAUCUGCUGAAUAUGCGGCCGCUUCACAGCAGGCCCCCGUUGAGGUUCUUACCGACGACGAGGUUCCGGAGGCCGCGGCGAAGCACGCUUCUCAGAAAGGCAAGGCGAGACACGCGUCCGAGACUGGCAGGCGUGAGUCUCACAUUCUCCCAGGGUACUCUGGUGCCUCCGGCAACGUCAACAUCAGCGAUGCCGAGGAGGAGCACCAACCGCCCCCACGUCACACAGACACGUCUACACGGGACCCUCACGUGUAUCAAAAUUACCGGGACUUCACUGGGCAAAUCACCGGCCAUACCUACAAGUGCCCCUUCGACCUCAGGACCGACAUCCAUGUGCCGUCUCUCGGCACAUUCCUCGACGACUACGUUGAUCGUUUCGGCUAUGAAACUAAGUUCAUUCACAGGGUCUACAAGGCGUCAGAGAGGUCAACGGAUCGAUACGACUUCAUGGCGCGCACAAGUCGCUUUUUAUCCCAGCGGGAAGCGAUAUGGGUUCUACUCGCAUAUUGA